CAUUUUGAAUUCGAAACCGCUCAGGCACUUCCCUCCCUCUAAUUUGUUUAUGGGGUUUUUUUUUUAUACCUGCUUGGAUCUCUUCUCUCUUGAAGCUGUUUCUCUGCAAGUCGGGGAUUAGGAGAUGAACAGAUCAGAAAGUAUGGAACCCAAUCGGAAGAUGGUAGAACAACAGCCUUCAGGAAAAUGGUCUCUGCAAGAUUUCGAUAUUGGUAAGCCUCUUGGGAAAGGAAAGUUUGGGAGAGUAUACCUCGCCAGAGAGAAGAAGAGCAAAUACAUAGUAGCCCUCAAAGUUAUAUUCAAAGAGCAGAUUGAAAAGUACCGUCUUCACAACCAGCUGCGGCGAGAAAUGGAGAUACAGAGUAGUCUCAGCCACCCCAAUGUUCUUCGUCUCUUUGGUUGGUUUCACGACGAUGAACGCAUAUUCUUGAUUCUUGAGUAUGCUCAUAGGGGGGAGCUUUAUGGGGAGCUUAGGAAGUCCGGCCACCUCUCAGAAAAGCAUGCCGCCACUUACAUUGCAAGCCUCACACGGGCAUUGGCCUACUGCCAUGACAAGCAUGUAAUUCACCGGGACAUCAAGCCAGAGAACUUAUUGCUUGAUUUUGAGGGUCGACUCAAAAUUGCUGACUUCGGAUGGUCUGUGCAGUCCAGAAGCAAAAGACACACCAUGUGUGGAACUUUGGACUAUCUAGCUCCAGAAAUGGUAGAGAACAAAGCCCACGAUUAUGCCGUUGAUAACUGGACUUUGGGUGUUCUUUGCUAUGAGUUCCUUUAUGGGGUCCCUCCAUUUGAGGCUGAGAGUCAGACCAACACGUUCAGAAGGAUAGUGAAGGUUGACUUGAGUUUCCCUCCAACUCCGCAUGUGUCUGCAGAAGCGAAAAAUCUCAUCAGUCGACUUCUUGUGAAGGACUCCACAAAAAGGCUUUCACUUCCAAAGAUCAUGGAGCAUCCUUGGAUCGUCAAGAAUGCAAACCCAACUGGUACUUGUGUUGAUUAGCAUUCCGUGCUGUCACCAAGCAUUUCAAUUCUCUGGUUUUUGGUUGUGCUGAUAAUUGGGCAAAUGAUAUAGAUGACACAUCAAGUACAACCAGAACUGCAUAGUGCCAUUGUACAAUGUCUUUGGUGCUGUAUUCUAACUCGCCCAUUUGGGACUCAUAUUUCAUGUAUUGGCCCUUCUUGGUGCUGACACUAUUGUCCUCUUAUUAGGCCAUUUUCUUAUUUCUAUUAUAUAGUUUCACUUUUAUGUAUUUCUUGCUCCCAUUAGAAUCUGACUUAAGUCUUGUAUCGGCUUCAUGAUUCCUAGUUUCCUAUCCUAUAGACGGUCACAUCUUCAAUUAUUGAGUUUGUCUUCAAAUCAUUCUCAAUUACCUCACUCUUUGAGGCUUCACAUUGUCCUUUUAAAGCAUCCAAAUUCUAAUAAAGUCUUAUGCUCAUUGGUGGCUCAUUUUUCUA